AUGAUAUUACCACCAGCUACUGUAUCCCAACCAAAUUGGAAUUCCAAGUGUUUUGUGACGCCGAUUCCAGAAUACCUGAUAAUUCAGAAUCUGAGCCUUGCGAGGAAAUACCUCUACAAAGCCCCGUAUCUCCCAUACCCACUUCGCUACAGCAAUCGAGCCUCUUUCUUGAAUCCAUACAAGACGCUGAAAUUGUCUAAAGCGCUCAAGGAGAAACAGGCUGCUGUAAAAGUUGAAGAAAAAAAGCCGACACCUGUGGUCCUGAAACCAAUUUAUAGCCAAAAACCGAGCGAUAAAUUUAAGGAGAUAUUGAUCACUUGUAAUUACGCUGCCGAACCGAGAGAGCGCAAAAGGAAAAUGCUGUGCAAACUGCCUCAUUUCAUUCUCUAUGACACAGCGGACCUGGAGCAUAGUCAAGUAAUACGAAUGAUAUUCGCGGUGGCUAGGAUACCAUACGAAUUGAAGAAAGUCGAACCGGCUGAAAUCAUAGAUUUACCUCUACGAACAGUGCCCGCGCUAGAGAUUGAUGGAGCCAAAAUCGGAAAUAUAACGACAAUUUGUCGACAUUUGGGCUGGCGAUACGAUCAUAUUGAAUACCGAAACGUUGACUAUUCCAAGCCGGAAUGCUCGGAUAGGUAUGCGUUCGAGUACCUGGAAACCCAGCUCGCACCGGUUAUAGAGAACCUCCUUCAUAAAAAUACGUCUCCAUGGCUUAUCGGGCAAAAGUUGACUUGGUCCGAUCUGAUGACCGCCGCAUUCUUCAAUUCAAUUAUCUAUCAUCGCCCAGCAUUUUUCGACCGAUAUCCGAAUAUCUAUUUGCAUAAUAAGAAGAUUGCUGAACUCCCAGAGCUAGAAGGGAUGCUCUACUGCGUGCGUGACCGCACGGUUGAAGUUUCUCUGUUCAGCCACAUGACGAAGCCUCCCAUGGAAACACAAAUGACCGCAUGCACU